AUGCCACGCAAACUCUCCAAGCAGUCGUCAUUCACAUCCGCUGCCUCGACUACCCCCUCUUCAGCCGUCGCCACAUCGUCCGCCUCCCAGAUCCCCCAGUCGCUGACGGACCCAACUCUCCCGCUGCCCAAGCUUGUCGUCUUCGACCUCGACUACACCCUCUGGCCAUUCUGGGUAGACACACACGUCACGCCGCCGCUCAAGCCGAACGCGGCACACUCCCUCGCCACGGAUCGCCACGGCGAAGAGUACACCUUUUACUCCGAUGUUCCUCACAUCCUCCAGCUUCUCCCCCGCGCAUUGUCCGACUCUAGCACGCCUAUAAAACUCGGCGUCGCGUCACGAACCCAUGCGCCCGGCUUGGCAAGGGACCUGUUGAAAAUGCUGCACCUGCCGCCGACACGGGAAGGAGACAAGCCCCGCAAGGCCCUGGAUGUGUUUGAUGCCGGGAUGGAGAUUUAUCCCGGCAGUAAGAUUCGGCAUAUAGAGUUGCUGCAGAAGAGGACCGGAGUCGAGUUUGAGGAUAUCUUGUUCUUUGAUGACGAGAGUAGGAAUCAGGAGACGGAAAGCCUGGGCAUCACGAUGAGGUUGGUCAGGGACGGGGUUUGCUGGGCGGAGAUUGAAAAGGGUGUGCAAGACUGGCGGAGACGGAGGGGCGUCAGAAAGGGCAGUGUUUGA